AUGGCCUCCUUCCAGAUCUUAUCCGAUUUACAUCUUGAACAUAACAACUACUCAAACUAUCGCAUUGUACCAACGGCACCAUACCUUGCUUUGAUCGGCGAUAUCGGAUGUGUCAAAGAUCCCGGCUACAUUGGCUUUAUCAGAGGCCUGCUGGACCAAUUUCGCGUUGUCUUCUAUGUUUUUGGCAACCAUGAGCCAUAUGGCUCUAGCUGGGAUAACGCAUGGGAGACGUUGGACAAAUUCGAAAAAGCAAAUCGAAGCGAACGGAAGAAGAAUCCUGAAAGCGCAGUUGGCGAGUUCGUCUUCAUGUAUCAGCGAGAAUACCGAAUUCCCGACAGCCACAUAACGGUACUGGGAUGCACACUGUUCUCCAAUGUCCCAUCAACGAAAAUGACACCAGUCAGCAACGGCCUAAACGACUUCCGCGAAAUCGAUGGCUGGACUGUGGAGGAGCAUUGUCAACUGCACAAGCAAGACCUAGCCUGGUUGAACAGCAGAGUCAACGCCAUAUCCGUCGACUCUGACCGCAAGAUUGUCAUCUUCACGCACUACAGUCCGACCGAAGAUACCCGCGCCGUUGAACCUUGUCAUGCUCAAAGCGACAUUAAAUCUGGCUUCCAAACAGACUUGCGAAACGAAGAUUGUUGGAAGAGCCCUAAUGUCAAGGUCUGGGCGUUCGGUCAUACACACUACAACUGCGACUUCGUGGAUGAGGCGACAGGAAAGCGUCUCUACACCAACCAAAAGGGCUACUCGCAGGACCACUCUCCAGGCUUCAGGGAAGGCAACGUGGUUCACGUGGAUUGA